CGGUCUCUUUCUUCUACACGUCUCAUCUCCAUCCCCAAGCCCACCCACCCCACCAAUGGAUUCCGUCCCGCCGCCGCCGUCCCUGCCACCGUUUGGCUCGCUGCUCCUGCCCUUGUCCUCCGAUUCGUCGGUGCCCUCCCUCCCUUGGCCUGACCUCAUCGCCGGCGCGGCCGGCGCCACCCUCCGCCUUGUCUCCGCCCACUCACGCCACUUCCUCGCCCUCUCCUGCCUCCUCCUCCUGCCACUCUCCCUCCUCCUCCUCUCCCUCCCCACGCCCUUCCCCGGCGCCUCCCCUUCCGUCUCCCUCCGAUCUCCGCAUGAUUCUUGGAGCAACCCCAUCUUGCUUCUCCCUCUCGUGGCGGCGCUUCUUUACCUCGCCGCCUUCGCCGCCGCCGCCGCCAGCGCGCACGCCGGGUUCUUCGGCCGCCCCGUCAAGCUCCUCGCCUCGCUUCUCUCCGUUCCCGCCUCCGUUCCCCGCCUCCUCCUCACAGCCCUCCCGGCUUCCCCUCUUCUGCUUAUCCCCCUGCUCCCACUGCCCGCUGGACUUGGCACAGCUAUUGCUCUUCUUGGCGUCUCCCUCUUAGCCCCCUUCUGGUCCCUCGCCGGCGCCGCAGCCAUCGUGGAGUCCACUGCUGGCCCCUCCCCGCUCCGCCAGAGCUGCCGGCUGCUCUUGGGCGCACGGCUGGCGGCGCUCUCCAUGUUCUUGGUCUUUGCCGCAGGCAUUGGGCUAGUACUCUGGGGUUUCAGUGGGGUGGCCAUGGAGACAUAUGAUGCUGCCACCGGGUGGGCUGGGAUGGCGCCGGUUGUGAUGAAGGCCAUGGUCGGAACGGCAGUGUUGGCUGCAAUGAUGCUCUAUGGAAUGGUGAUCAACGUGGUAUUGUAUAUGCACUGCCGUGCGCUGCAUGGGGAGCUCACUGGAGAGAUCUACAAUGAAUUUGCAAGCUCAUAUGUUUACCUGCCGUUCGACGAGGGCAAGGAUCGUCAUAUCGUAUCGGUGCUCACGCUGUGGCCUUGAUUGUCGCGCCAUCUGGAUAAUGCAGGCACACCUAUCCAGCACCGACAAGCCUACCAAAUACACAGCUGAUUAGGUAUUGGCAGCAGCGAAAUGUGUACUACAAUAUUGCGAGUAGGUAACGAAGGAUAAUUGUGAUUGGAACCGGACGAUGUUUAAGCCUUGAUAUAGGCUGGAUUUUUCAUACCUGCCGGUCAGUUUUGUCUCUGAUGCUGAGCAGAGUUGGACAGAGUGGAUCCAUCGUGCUUACUUCCCUGCCUAACUCAGCUCAAUACCAUUUCACAUGGUAUACAAUGUUCCAUUGUGCUCCAUCUCAGGUCCUGGCUAGAUCGAUCGAGUUUAUUAAAUGAUGGAUCUUUUAUUCAGAUUCAAAUAGCGUACAUUUGUUCCUGAA